AGUGAGUAAGGAGGAGGAAGAGGAGGAAGAAGGGAGAGCCAUUGGAUAGUCCACUUAGAAGGAAGACAGAGAAAGAGAGAACACAGAGCACAGAGUAGGGUAGAGAGAGAAAUUGGAAGAGGAAGGAGGAGGGUGGGUGGGGAAGAGAGAGAGAGAGAGAGAGAAUCCCAAUGCCCAGAAGAAACAGAGCCACUGCCUUCAUCACUGAUAACUGAUCACUUCUCUCUCUCUAUCUUCCGUCGUCUGUGUUUCUCUCUCUCUAAGGCCAAAUCAAGAUCCGAGCUUCCAACAGAUCCAUAGAUCAAUAGCUCAACCAUAACCCCCCCAACCCAGUAAAUUCCCCCCACGCUGUCACUUCCUUGAAUGGGAGACAACCACCACCCACUAGCUGAGAUGGCGGAGGAAGACGGCGAUCAUCAACCCCUGCGCGGGUCGGAUCCGCCGGACCAGGUACUCGAUACCGUCCUGGAGACCGUUCUCCAGUUCCUGACCUGCCGCCAGGACCGGAACUCGGCCUCCCUGGUGUGCCAGUCGUGGCACCGCGCCGAGGCCCUCACCCGCUCCGAGCUCUUCAUCGGGAACUGCUACGCCGUCUCCCCUGCACGCGCAACCGCCCGCUUCCCCCGUGUCGAGUCGAUCUACAUCAAGGGCCGGCCCCGGUUCGCCGACUUCAACCUCAUGCCCCGCAACUGGGGCGCCCACUUCCGCCCCUGGGUCUCCGCCAUGUCGAGGGCGUAUCCGUGGCUCGAGAAGGUUUACUUGAAACGAAUGUCUUUAACGAACGAUGAUCUCGCUCUCCUUGCGGACUCUUUCCGUCAAUUCAAGGAGCUUGAGCUUGUCUUCUGUGAAGGUUUCGGCACUAAAGGUCUCUCUGAAAUAGCUAGCAAGUGCAGGCAACUCAGGGUGCUUGAUUUGAGCGACACUGAGGUCAUAGAUGACGCGAUGGACUGGAUAUCUAGCUUCCCUGAGGGGGAGACCCCUCUGGAGUCUCUUACCUUUGACUGCGUGGAAUGUGAAAUCAAUUUUGAGGCUCUUGAGGGGCUCGUUGCUCGGUCUCCUUCAUUGAAGAAACUGAGGCUAAAUCGCUACGUCUCUAUCAGGCAGCUCUAUCAGCUGCUGAUCAAGGCCCCACAGCUGACCCAUCUUGGAACAGGCUCUUUCAGUCAAUCCGAGAAUAUCCAACAUCUGGAUGAUAAUCAGGAUUUAGAUUAUCACUCAGCUUUUGCCGCUUGCAAGUCCCUUGUCUGUCUCUCUGGCUUUAAGGAGGUCAUGCCUGAAUACCUGCCUUCAAUCUACCCCGUGUGUGCGAAUCUCACGUCUCUGAACUUUAGCUAUACAAAUAUCAAUCCCCAGCAGUUCAGGUCGGUCAUCGUGCAUUGCCAUAAGCUCCAAAACUUGUGGCUCCUUGAUACUGUAUGUGACGAGGGACUUCAGGCAGUGGCAGCAUCAUGCAAGGACCUGCGUGAGCUAAGGGUCUUCCCUGUCCACCCUGAUGAGGAUAUUGAGGGACCUGUCUCUGAAGUGGGCCUGCAGGCCAUAUCCGAGGGCUGUAGAAAGCUCCAGUCGAUCCUCUACUUCUGCCAGCGGAUGACCAAUGAGGCCGUUAUAGCUAUGUCAAGGAACUGCCCGGAUCUCGUGGUCUUCCGCCUCUGUAUAAUGGGUCGUCACCAGCCCGAUCAUGUGACGCGCAAGCCUAUGGAUGAGGGUUUUGGGGCAAUUGUCAAAAACUGUCGGAAGCUGACCCGUCUUGCUGUCUCAGGCCUUCUCACGGACAAGGCCUUCUCGUACAUAGGACAGUAUGGGAAAUUGGUCCGAACCUUAUCAGUGGCCUUUGCUGGGGACAGCGACAUGGGCCUGAGGUACGUCCUCGAGGGUUGCCCAAGACUGCAGAAGCUUGAGAUCAGGGACAGUCCAUUUGGGGAUGAAGCCCUGUGGGCUGGGGCUCACCGCUACUACAACAUGCGUUUCCUUUGGAUGUCUUCUUGCAGGGUUUCUAGGCUGGGAUGUCAAGAGAUUGCCCGGUCGAUGCCCCAUUUGGUUGUAGAGCUGCUCAGGUAUGAGGAGGAAGACGCACCAUUUGUUGAAGAAGACAAUAACAACUUCAGUGUGCUCUACAUGUACAGGUCCCUUGAACAGACAAGGAACGAUGCUCCUGAAUCAGUGACAAUCUUGUAGACAGUUUACCAUAAGCGAAAAUUUUCUUGAGUUCACUAUGGAGAAUUGAGGAAGAUGAGUUGGGGCAGUAAUUCUUCAUGAUUAAGCCACAAGAGAUUCAUGUUGUCGAGCAAUGGAAUCCCUUUUGCUGCUUGGUGGCUUGGGCUGUUGCGACUGGAUGAAUAAUAGCGGAGCUAUAGGAUGGGGGGCUUCUUGAAGAAAGUGGAGGCAGAUAGAUCGCGUGCGCUCUUAGACAGCUACUGUGUUAUUUUCUUCCGUGUUUGGCUUUCUUAUUCGCUUCUCCCUCGAGAAGGAUGCUAGUGGAGGCGAUAGGAGAAGGAAUUUUCUUUUCUCGGGUUAAUUGUCGACAAUGCAUCAACUUUCUACAUGGAUAACCAUCUUUUGGGAGGAAGAAGGCUGUGGUCUUCCAUAAAUUCAUGAUUCUGGAAGCUAAGCUACAUAUUCAGCUAAGAGGUUAGAGCCAGAGGGAUUGAGACGAUAGCUGAUUUGAUCAUCUGAUUCAAAGUGUUAGACAGCGGUAGCUUAAUUAGACUAGUUGCCCGGGACGCAAUGCGCAUGUACAUCUCAGUCCCUCUGGUCUCUCGCUUUCGGUUUCUGGAAAUAAGAUGCAUAGUUCCUUUCCUCUGAUGUGGUGUUGUAGAAGCACCUGACAAUUGAAUUUACCCCUGUUGCAUAUUCACCAUUAUCAUUGUUGUUAUUAUUAUUAUUAUUACUACUA